AUGGCGGAAAACACGACAAAUAUCACCACUGUCGAGGGCUCUUUCGACGCGUUGAACUCGACUGUUCAAGACGGAAGCAACUGGGUCUCUUGCCUUUCGUAUCUUCAAAACCGAGGCUUUCUCCUGCUUGAGAUCAGACUCGUUCUCAGCUCUAUCGGCAUCAUCUAUCUCGGUGCCCACGCUGCUCUUCGUCGACCUCCUUCCGCCGCUCCGGCAAAGAAGAAGAAACCAGGUGAGAAGAAAGAUGACGAAGAGCGCUUCGCCCAGGGGUUGGAGCCUUCUGAUGCCAUCAUGUUUCCACUCAUGGCCGGCGUUGUCCUCAUUAGUCUGUACUACCUGAUCCAGUAUCUUCAAGACCCCAAUAUUCUCAACAAGAUUCUGCGCUGGUACAUGUCCACCAUGUCAGUUGCCAGCUUGGUGUCUAUUUAUUCCCACGGUAUUGAGGUCGUUACGAGUCUCGUGUUUCCCCGGUACUGGCGCGGACGGGACGGACGUUUAAGGGCAGUAAAGCAGAAGACCAGGUCUGUUGCGGUUUGCGACGAUGCAGGCAAUCCAACCGCAGAAAUUUUGGAGACAGGCAACCCGUUCCCUGGACCUUUCGCCGGUUUGGCAUUCACCGAAAAGCUUCGCAAGUCAGGAUGGGAGCUACGCAGUUUACUCACCCGACACUGGGCCAUCAAGUUCUUCAUGCAUGGCAUGGGUAAAGAGGAGGGCAGAAUCAAGUUUGCGCAUGUAGUGUCGUUGCUUAUGGCCUUGGUCACUGCACUUGUCUACUCGUAUACUACCUCGCCUUUGUUGGCCAACACACUUGGCUACGCAAUGUGCUAUGGCUCGCUUCUCCUGAUUUCUCCCACGGACUUUCUGACCAGCACUCUGCUUCUUAUCGGCUUGUUCUUCUACGAUAUAGUCAUGGUCUUUUACACCCCCUAUAUGGUCACAGUCGCCACUAAGUUGGAUGUACCCAUCAAGCUUACCUUUGAGACCGGGUCGCACAAGAGUAUUCUUGGACUUGGUGAUAUUGUCAUCCCAGGCAUGGUCAUGGCUCUAGCCCUUCGGUUUGAUCUUUGGCUCCAUUACGAGCGCAAGAUUAAGUACGAAAGCACAGACUUGAAGCUUAUUGAGAAGGAUCCGGCGUCAGGAGCUCUUGUAACGAAAAGCGAAGUCAAGCACAAGGAGGUCAAAGCCAAGUACGUCAACGUCAAGGGUAACUGGGGGGACAACCUCUGGACUCGAGGAGCGUUCUUCCUCUCGGGAUCUGGGCAACUGCCUCCAGACUUGGCUGCUACUCGCUUCAGCAAGACCUACUUCUACGCCUCAAUUACCGGUUAUCUCCUCGGCAUGUGGGUCACUUUGGCCAUGCUUUUAGUAUUCAAGCGGGGCCAGCCCGCGUUGCUGUACCUUGUUCCUGGCGUAUUGGGUUCCCUCUGGCUCACAGGCCUGGUUCGUGGGGAGAUCAAGCAGAUGUGGAAGUACACCGAGGACGGAAGCCUAGACAUUGUCGACGUAGUUGUUGAUCUAGACGGCGAGGGUAAUCCAAUCAAGACAAUCGGAAAGCUUGAGGAUGGUGUUGUCGAUACGACUAAGAAGGACGAAAAGGACGACAAAAAGGAUAAGGAGAUCAAGGAGGAUGAGAAGAAAAAGGACGAGAAGAAGGGCGACAGCAAGGAUCAGCACCGCGUAUUCAUGCUCUCGAUUGAUACUGAGGCGGAGAGUGAUUAG